CUGUCCAAGACCGAGUGCGGAAGUAAAAACUGUACUGUGCGGGUUCUGGAUUCCGUACUCCUGUGGACGGUUUGCAAGAUCCUCCACCGACACAGACUGCUUUCAAUUCAAAACAAACAUUUGUGAUUACCAGAAGUACACGAGAUGGCAGGACGAUUACCGGCGUGUGUUGUCGACUGUGGUACAGGAUACACAAAGCUGGGGUAUGCAGGGAACACAGAGCCACAGUUUAUUGUUCCGUCAUGUAUUGCAAUCAAAGAGUCAGCCAAGGUUGGAUCAAGGACGGUCAAGGGGGUGGACGACCUGGACUUCUUCAUUGGCGACGAGGGGAUAGACAAGCCCAAUUACGCCACAAAGUGGCCGAUCCGUCACGGCAUCGUGGAGGACUGGGACCUAAUGGAGAGGUUCAUGGAGCAGGUCAUCUUCAAGUACCUGAGGGCAGAGCCUGAGGACCACUACUUCCUGUUGACAGAGCCUCCUCUGAACACACCAGAGAACAGAGAGUACACCGCAGAGAUCAUGUUUGAGUCCUUCAACGUCCCAGGGCUCUACAUCGCAGUGCAGGCUGUCCUGGCACUGGCGGCCUCCUGGACAUCCAGACAGGUAGGGGAGAGGACACUGACGGGGACGGUCAUCGACAGUGGAGACGGAGUCACCCACGUUAUCCCUGUGGCUGAGGGCUAUGUCAUCGGCAGCUGUAUAAAGCACAUUCCCAUCGCUGGUCGUGACAUCACCUACUUCACCCAGCAGCUUUUGAGGGAGCGGGAGGUGGGCAUCCCCCCAGAGCAGUCCCUGGAGACAGCCAAGGCAGUCAAGGAGCGGUUCAGCUACGUGUGUCCGGACCUAGUGAAAGAGUUCAGCAAGUACGACACGGACGGCUCCAAGUGGAUCAAGCAGUACACCGGCAUAAACAACAUCAGCAAGAAGGAGUUCACUGUCGACGUAGGCUACGAGCGCUUCCUCGGCCCUGAGAUUUUCUUCCACCCAGAGUUUGCCAAUCCUGACUUCACCCAGCCCAUCUCUGAAGUUGUGGACGAGGUUAUCCAGAACUGCCCCAUUGAUGUCAGACGUCCCCUUUACAAGAACAUUGUAUUGUCGGGCGGCUCCACCAUGUUCAGGGACUUUGGGCGGCGCCUGCAGAGGGACCUGAAGAGGACGGUGGACGCCAGGCUGAAGAUGAGCGAGGAGCUGAGCGGGGGCAAGCUCAAGCCCAAACCAAUUGAUGUGCAAGUCAUCACUCAUCAUAUGCAGAGAUAUGCAGUGUGGUUCGGAGGAUCCAUGUUAGCCUCAACUCCUGAGUUCUACCAGGUAUGCCACACCAAAAAGGACUAUGAGGAGAUUGGACCUAGCAUCUGUCGCCACAACCCCGUGUUCGGAGUCAUGUCUUAACUGUGGCCCUCCAACAUCCUAAUGGUUAGACCGGGUGGGGUCGGUAGGGUUGGGUUGGGAAGGGAGACAGUGGGUCAGGGGUGGUGAGUUUGUGCUUUUUGAUUGCUUGUUCACUCUGGAUGUACAGAACGAGAGGCGAUACAGAGGUUUUUUUUGUUUGUUUUU